AGAUGUUUUAACCUCCACCUCCUCCGUCUCGUCCGGAGUCUGUGGAGAAGAGGAGGAUGUAGACCAGAGACGGUGGACAUCGUGGACAUCAUGGACAACCUCCAGCCCUAUGUUGAAAACAUAGGAAAAGACAAAGUCACUUUGACAAAAAAAGAUCGGGAUGUUGACGUACAACAACGCUGCAGCGUCAAACAAAGAAGAUGAAGGGCAGUGAGGGAUUCUGGGAACUCAGAGCUGAUCUGUGAACGUCUGCUGGAUCCAGGAAAUCACUGCACUACCAAGAUGCUGAGGAAGAUGGUGACGAUGAGGAGGUUUCUCCACGUGAAGGGGGAUGUGAUGUGCACCCUGCUGCUGCUCUUCCUCUUCUGUCUGCUGCUCUACGCCCGUCAGAUUGUUCUCUCCUCCAGUUGGGACAAACCUGUCUGGAAACUACAGAUCUACGGCUCCACCAGCUCCAGUCGCACUCUGCUGGGAACCAGUGGGACAAAGGCUCCUUCCAGACCGUCAGAACCUCACCUGCCUCUCUGUCAACCCGAGUCAAAAUCCAAACCUUCACAGGUCAAGUCUAAAGGAAAGGUCAAAUCCAAGGAAAAAUCCAAGUCACGACGGAAGAACGCGCAGACGUCCAAAUCUGCCGCUAAACCUGCGGCCACGAUGCCUCCGUUUGACUUUGAGAGCUACAUGAGGGACAAGGACAACAGGAACUUCAAACUGCUCAUAGAUCAGCCCGAGAAAUGUAGAAUCAGAGAAGCAGGAGGAGAGGAGUCCAUCACUGCCCCCUACAUGCUCAUCGCAGUAAAAUCUACUGCUGCGGAUUUUGACAAACGUCAGGUGGUGCGAAGGACGUGGGGUAAGGAGGGACAGUUCCAUAAUGGAAGAUCCAUUCGCACGGUUUUCCUGCUGGGCGUUCCCCGGAACUACAGCGAGCUGCCUCUGUGGGAUCGACUCCUGACCUACGAGAGUCAAACCUUCCACGACAUCCUGCUGUGGGACUUCCACGACACGUUCUUCAACCUGACCCUGAAGGAAACACAUUUUCUGGGUUGGAUUAACAGCAGCUGCCCUGAUGUCAAGUUCGUUUUCAAGGGCGACGCUGACGUCUACGUGAAUGUGGAGAAUAUUUUGGAGAUGUUGCGAGGUCAGAAGCCAGAUAAAGACCUGUUUGUCGGUGACAUCAUCGUUCACGCUCAGCCUAUCCGCCGACGCACUUCUAAGUAUUUUGUCCCGGAGUUCGUGUACGGAGGAAGUUUAUACCCAAACUACGCCGGAGGAGGAGGUUUCGUCAUGUCAGGACACACGGCACAAAGGUUGAGUUCUGCUUGUCAACAGGUGGAGCUGUUUCCCAUCGAUGACGUCUUCUUGGGAAUGUGCCUCCAGGUAAUUGGUGUCAAACCGUCCCGUCACCAGGGCUUUCGGACCUUCGGGAUCCCCAGACCGUCUGCAGCUCCUCACCUUCAGACCUUUAACCCGUGUUUCUACAAAGAGCUGAUGGUGGUCCACAGCCUGAGCGUCCCACAGAUCUGGCUCAUGUUCAGGCUCCUCCACGACCCUCACCUGAGCUGCCACAACAGCACCAGGGUGGCGUCGGAGCCCUUCAGGUGGAGGGACGAGCCAGCGGGGACACCGGAAGAGGAGACGGACUACGAUGGGAAGCGAGUGUUUACGGCGCAUUAGUGUCUGACUGCAGCGUUUGACUGUCGAGAGCAACGACAACAAAGACUGAAGACGAACAACAUAAACAUGGACAAAUCGUGUUUGAAGCAAACCUGGAAAUGCAGAUGACCCGGAUGCAGUUACCAAUGCUGGCCAGCAGGGCUGGCUACUCACAAUAUACAGUAUCUUUGACAACUAAACUCCUAUCACUUAUACUCAAUAAAUGUUUCUCACUGGUCAUUUUUU